AUGACCAUUGCUUCUUUUCGUGAUCAGCUCCAACAGAGCUGUGAUGCCCUCCUACAGAGGCUAGCCAACAGCUGCACCCAUCCUUAUGGCAUGAGCUCCAUCUCAUGCUCAAUCUACGACACAGCCUGGGUCUCUAUGAUAGCCAAAACUACCGAUGAUUCGCAUCAAUGGCUAUUUCCGUCUUCGUUCAAUCAUCUGCUGGAGACCCAGACCCCGGAAGGGGGAUGGGAAAGCAACUCCGAAUCAGAUAUCGAUCAGAUUCUCAACACGAUGGCAGCCUUGCUUUCCUUGGUAAAGCAUCGAUCCAAUCCCACAUAUGGCGUUAUCGCUGAGAAGCAUACCCAUGACCCGGACGAGUGCAUUGCCCGUGCCACAGACUUCCUUCGAACCAAGUUGCAGGUUUUGAAUGUUGCAGCCACAGACCGCGUGGGACUCGAGUUGCUCAUCCCCGCACAUCAGCGCUAUCUGGCGAAUGAAGGGAUUGUUUUUGAUUUUCCCGGUCAGAAGUACCUGAGCAGGUUAAACUCAGCGAAGCUGCGUCGAUUCUCCCCCGAGCUUCUGUACGGGGGCGUUGCCACCACGCUGACGCAUUCUCUGGAGGCAUUUAUCGGAUUGAUUGACUUCGAUCGACUCCGACAUCGGUUGGACUUCGGUAGCAUGUUGGCAUCCCCAUCGUCCACUUCAGCGUAUCUGAUCCAUGCCGCGCACUGGGAUGACGAUGCCGAAGCGUAUGUUCGGGCUGCCGUGGAGUUGGGGACGGGGAAGGGAUCGGGAGCGGUCCCCAGUGCGUUUCCAACUACCAUUUUCGAGUUGGCCUGGGUGGCCUCGACUCUUCUCGAACAUAAUGUCGUCCUCAGUGAAACGGGCCAGCAAUGUCUUGGAAAAAUCACACGCUACUUGAAAGACCUUUUCAACAGCCAGAAUGGAGUCGUCGGAUUUGCUCCCACCCUGAUGGCCGACGCAGACGAUACGGCAAAGACUCUUUUGACAUUAAAUCUAUCAGGCUAUCAUUUGCUACCUGAUCGCCUGAUCGAGCAUUUUAGGGAUGACGACCAUUUUCGGACCUACCCUGACGAGAGAGAUCCGAGUAUCAGUGCAAAUUGCAACGUACUCUGUGCGCUGCUUCGCACACCAGAUCCAGGGGCUUAUGCUUCAGAGAUUGAGAUGACGCUCAUGUUCCUCUACAAGCAACACAAUAGAGGGACAUUACGGGAUAAAUGGAAUACAAGCCAAAUAUACCCCCGGAUGCUACUGGCCAACGCCCUCGUCAAUGUCCUGCGCCUCUGGGAAGAAGGCCCCCUCCGCAACCUGCCGAAAGACUGCAUUCAAAUGGCACCUAUCUUACUGUGCGAAAUCCUCCAUAGAACGCUGCAGCAACAGAACUCGGAGAACGGCUCAUGGCAUAAUGGAUCCCCCGAAGUCACAGCCUAUGCUCUUCUCACCCUGGUAUCAGCAUCCAACAGCCCACUAUCUAGGUACGUGGGUGAGAAGCUCCGCACCGGUAUUAUUUACGGCCGAGCAUUCCUCGAGGCGAACUUCCACAGGUGGGCAGAAGGAGAAACUAUUUGGAUCGAGAAAGUCUCGUACAAGUCUUCACUUCUUUCUAGCUCUUAUUGCAUUGCGGCCAUCCAAGCCCCGAUAUUUACCACGGAAUUCCAGCAAGCAUACACUGAGGUUGUCGACAUUUCCAUCGAGGCGAUUCACAGAUUUUCCGGAUUCUAUUCCCGUUUGCCCUUGUUUGCGAAUGAACCUCGCUGGAAUCUUACCAUGGCUUUGGUUGAAGCCCGGCUGUGGUUUCCACUGCUUGUUUCCCAGAGACACAUCAUCUUUCCCCGACAUAAUAUGUCCGCAGAUAACUAUCUAGAAUAUAUACCGCAAACAUGGACAGCCUGCAAUGCACGCAAUGGUAAUCCACUAGAAACGGACUUGAUGUGGGAGAUGAUGAUGUUGUCAAUGCUCAAUUACCAGGUCGACGAAUUCCUGGAAUCUGUCAUUGGUGGAUGCACUAAGGACGAACUGAACAAUGUUCGUGUCGUCAUUCACCAACUUUGUAAUGAGAAGGCCACACAUUCAGUCGUCCCUAAGGAAUCAUUCCCAACCACCCUGGACGCCCUCAAGCAAGGCCAUCAGCAUUUCAAUCUCGCCUAUAUCGAUGGCAUUCUUCGCCAGUUUACGGCAUACAUCCUCACUCAUCCAGCUGUACUGCACUCAUCCCCGAGAACGCGAGUCUCCCUAACCCGCGAGCUCAAGACAUUUCUACUGGCUCACCUCGCCGACCUCGAGACUGCGCAGCGAUUCCGAUCACAGUCCACAUAUUCCUCCCUUCGUGCAACUCCAUUCCUGGAUCCACCUACGUCAUAUUUCAGCUGGGUGCGAUCAACUUCCGCUGAUCAUACCAGCUGUCCAUACUCAUUCCAGUUCCUGGGAUGCCUUAUCACCUACUACCACCAUCGGGACAAAUCCGGGUCCUGUCCCGGGGCUUUCCAAGGUCCCCGUCAGCGAUACCUCGCCGAAGGUGUCUGUCGCCACCUGGCCACGAUGUGCAGGCAGUACAAUGACUACGGGAGCAUUUUGCGUGAUGUGGAAGAAGGGACCCUGAACAGUGUGGACUUCCCGGAAUUUUGGGAGGAUGCGACUAGGCCCGCUGGUCAGGCAAGCGAGGACCGGUCCGAACAUGCCGUCAAAGAGGAUCUGAUGUGGCUUGCAGAGUACGAGAGGGAGUGUUGUUUCCAGGGCUUAAUGAAAUUGGUGAAUGAAACAGGGCUCGAUGAGCGGACAGCAAAAAUCGUCAAGACGUUCGUGGAUGUCACAGAUCUAUAUGGGCAGAUCUAUGUGGCUAGGGAUAUUGCAAGCCGUGUGAGAUAA